AAUAUGUCCAGUCUCCGCGACUUUUACCUGAAUGAUAAUCACAAUCUGAACAACAUUCCUGCCGAGUUAUCUCAGUGCCCACUGCUGACCAUUCUCAGCGUUGAAAAUUGUCCUCUUCGAGACCUACCCCAGCCCAUUGUCAGCGGAGGUUCCGCCAUGAUCAUUUAUUUUUUGCAGCAAGUUUUGCAACUGCGACGCCAACAUACGACUCUCUAA